AUGCUCAAGUCGAAGUUCUCGCUCGGGGCGGAGAAGGCAGCUUUCCAGGCUGCAGGCAAGAGGAUCGAGGCGGCCGCGAAGCUCGACGCAGCGAAGCGCAGGUUCGGGGCAGCAGUAGCGCGACUCAAGGAGGCCGAGACGGCGCGCAUCGCGGAGCUCAAGGCAAAGGCUGCGGCGAUCGCCGCGGCGAAGGCCACGGGGGCCACGUCGCCGUGA